UUAUUGUCGCUUUUCGCUGCUGCCGCAAUGAAGUCUUUCAUCCUUGUGGCACUUUGCUGGCUCUCGAUAAAGCUGGUGAGCGCGCAUCCGGCUGUUCCCUGUCAUGGCACUACCUACUUCGACUGUUACCAUUACUGCUACGGCAGCUGCCGCGGCCUCGAGUGCUUCCAUCGCUGUCAAAGCGGCUGUGGCUGCGAGGAGGCAUUCAUCGUGAGGAAUAAUGGCGCGUGCUGGAAGGUGGAGGUGUGCCAAGUCGGCGACGAUGAUGAGGACCCGGGGGACGCUCAUGACGGAAAACGUAGGAAGAAAGUCGUGCCGCCCAUGCUCUCAGAGGCGGGAUUACCACCCGAGCCAAAGAAAGCUAAAAAGAAUUUUGGGCGUCAGAUGCCGUCGGAAUAUGACCUUGGUAUUGGCGAUGGUAACAAUUUUGGCGAUGGUAAUGCUAUUGGCGAUGGUGAUCACAAUGGUGACCCAAAUGGUGAUUACAACGGUGACUACAAAGGUAAUGAAUAUUAUUCAGAGUCAGUGAGAGACAUUGAUUCUGCUGGUUUUCCUGAGCUUAGUGAUGAUUAUAGCUAUUAAAGCAUCUAUUUUCCUCAGAA